UUAUUAUCUAUCUAUCGAUAAACUAUCUUAUGUAAAAUUUUAAAAUAUCAAAUUAUGUUUCUUUGAUUUUUUAAACUUAAAAUGGAUUUAAGCUAUAAACCUAUCUUAGAAAAUACAAAGGAACCGAUUGGAGAUUAUUCAUUUCAAACAUGGUCGCUACCAGAGACUGGGGUGUACUUGUUUUUCGUGAUCGGCGCAUAUCUUGCCCUUGUCUUAAAGAUAUUACCCGAUUAUAUGAAGAAAAGGCGGCCGUACACGUUAAAAGGGUUAUUGAUUUGGUAUAAUGCAUUCCAAGUUAUUUAUUCAGCAUAUCUUGUUUGUCUUUAUACAAGUUAUAUAAUAAAACACGGCAUUAUCUGCACUUCAUGUCCGCAAGGGGAGCUCUUAAGAAGGGUGACACAGGAUAUAUUUCCGUACUUUCUGGCGAAACAAAUUGAUCUCUUGGAUACAAUAUUUUUCGUGCUAAGGAAAAAGGAUAAUCAAGUGACAUUCCUUCACGUUUAUCAUCAUUGCAUCAUGGUGACGUGGGCUACAUUGUACUAUCUUCAUAAGCCAUCAGAUCACUUCGUAGGCGUUGGUUUGAUGAAUAGUUUUGUGCACGUGAUAAUGUACGCUUACUACGGACUCUCGGCAAUGGGACCACGGUUCGCUAAAUUUGUUUGGUGGAAAAAGCAUUUGACCAAAAUACAGUUGGUUCAAUUCAUACUGGUGAUCACGAAUCUGCACUACCAGCAGAAGCUGACGCCGUGCCCGAUCCCCGCCGCCUUCCAUUACUUCUGCGUUCUCAGUAUCGGAUCAUUCUUUAUCCUGUUCAUGAAGUUUUAUCUAAAAAGUUACAUCAAACGAUCAAGUACGUAGAAAGUCAAUGUAUCAAUAA